AUGUUCAUGUUAAGAGAGAAUAGUGAUUUGUUCGUUCUGGCUAUGAAAUACUUUGGUGCAGUUCUUCGCCCAGAUGAUGCAACUUGUGGGACGCCUACUUGGAUUGGUAAGGGCCUGACUUGUGUUUGCUUCAAGCGAAAGGGCACUUAUCAAAGGAUCUGCAUUAACUUGACUCCUCAACAGGAAGAAAGACUGAAAAGAUUGAAGCAUCGGAUGAAGGUUUACUUUGAUGCUUCCAGGCCAGAUCACCAGGAAGCUUUAAGGGCACUGUGGUAUGCAACAUACCCUGAUCAGGAGCUCCAUGGCUUAAUAUCUGAUCAAUGGAAAGAAAUGGGGUGGCAGGGCAGAGAUCCAUCUACUGAUUUCAGAGGAGCUGGAUUCAUUUCUCUGGAGAAUUUGUUGUUCUUUGCCAAGACAUUUUCGACAUCCUUUCAGCGUUUAUUAAAAAAGCAGGGAGGAAAGCGAGCUGCGUGGGAGUACCCUUUUGCUGUUGCCGGUGUAAAUGUCACAUUCAUGAUCAUGCAAAUGCUUGAUCUUGAGGCUACCAAACCUAGGACUUUUGUCAGAUCAGUUUUCUUGCAGAUGUUGUCAGAUAAUGAAUGGGCGUUUGACUUGCUAUAUUGUGUAGCUUUUGUGGUCAUGGACAAACAAUGGCUGGAGAGAAAUGCCACAUACAUGGAGUUCAAUGAAGUUCUGAAAUCAACUCGGGGGCAACUGGAGAGAGAACUUCUAAUGGAUGAUGUUCUAAGGAUUGAAGACAUGCCUUCUUACAGUCUUCUCAGUUAGCAGUAACAAACUAAAAGCUCAGGCCAGAGUUCUGAGAUUGGUUUUAAUUUCUUAAUAUAUUUAUUUAACUUCAAACUUUGUACAAUCGUCUCCCUCGUAAAUGAAUCCAUAACUUUAUUAUUCUGAUACAUGGUGGUUCCUGCUUGGUGUUCUGUUUGUCCAACCCUACCUUUCUGUUUUAGAAUUGUAUGCGGUGGUUGGAUCUACCAAAAAAACAUGUGAAAUUGGAAAGAAGGUUUUUUAUUUAUUUUUUAUUUUAAUUAUUAUUUUUGUAAUCUUCUAAUGAGUUUACCAGAGAAUCCAUGUUAUAA